AUGCAGGAGUCGGUUGAGCUGCGCGACCGGCAGUGGGAUUCCAAAGGUGCCAGCAGUAGUCAAUCGCGAGUCCACGAUGAGCAGGGUCUGGGACGAGUGGGUAAAAAGCAGAUUCUCAAACGUCGAUUUGGGUUUCUGUCGAUCUUAGGCUUCAGUUGUACCAUCCUAGCCUCCUGGGAGGGGGCCUUGUCCACCUUCACCAUCUCCUUCGAAGAUGAACUCCGUAGUGGCGGCCCGGCCGGAACCGUUUACAGUUUUCUGGUUGUCUGGCUGGGAACAUUUUCCACCUUCGUCACCCUGUCCGAGCUGGUUUCGAUGGCUCCUACCUCGGGCGGGCAAUACCACUGGGUGUCGAUGAUGGCCCCCCGGUGGUGUCAGAAGUACAUCAGCUUUCUCACCGGCUGGUUGAUCGUGAUCGGCUGGCUGGGCGCGUUCACGUCCACUUGCUAUCUGAGUGCCUCGGAGAUUCAGGGCCUGGUGGUGCUGAACCACGCGUCCUACGUCGCCGAGCCGUGGCAAGCCGUGCUGCUUUUCUGGGCUAUUGUGGCGUUCGCCGUGUUUGUCAAUGUGGUCGCCAGUACCAUGCUGCCCAAAUUCGAAGGGUUUGUCCUGAUCUUGCACCUGGUCGGGUUUUUCGCGAUCAUCAUCCCCCUGUUGUACCUGGGCGAGCACAACCCCGCGUCCGAGGUCUUUGGGCAGUUCGCCAACGAAGGCGGCUUUCCAACGCAAGGCUUAUCCUUUAUGGUGGGCAUGGUGGGGAAUAUGUUUGCCUUUACCGGCGCCGAUGCCGCCGUCCAUAUGAGUGAAGAAAUCCACGACGCCGAACGCGUCGUGCCGCAGUCGAUUCUCACCUCGGUCUUGAUCAACGGCCUGUUGGGCUUCGGUAUGACCUUGUCGACGCUCUUCACCAUGACCAAUUCCACGGCCGCCCUGGAGUCACCCACGGGGUACCCGUACAUGCAGAUCUUCUGCUCGGCCACCAAGUCCAUGGGGGGUUGUACCGUGAUGUCGGCCAUUGUGCCGAUCUUGGUCACGGCCACGGCCGUGGGAUCGUUGGCCUCGUCCUCCCGCAUGGUGUGGUCGUUUGCGCGAGACCGGGGUCUCCCCGGAUGGCGAUUCCUCAGCAAGGUCUCCCUCUUCCCCCCUCCCUUCCUCCCUGGUGCCUCGUGUGUUAACGCCCAAGCCGUUCCGCAAUACUCCAUCCUCGUGGUCACGGUCGCGGCCGUCCUGCUGGCGCUGAUUAUUCUCGGCUCCGCCGCGGUGUUGAACGACGUCGUCUCCCUCUGCGUGAGCGCCCUCUACACCUCCUACCUGUUCUCGGCCUUCCUCCUCAUGUGGAAGCGCUGCACGGGCGGGAUCCGCGAGCCCUCCGACACGCCCAGCGAUACCAUCGUGAACACGCCCGGCGCGCCGCUGUCCUGGGGCCCCUUUCGCAUUCGUGGCGCGCUGGGCAUCGUCGUCAAUGGGUUCAGCAUCGCCUAUCUGACCAUCGGGGUGUUCUUUAGCUUCUGGCCGGAUGAGAUGAACCCGACCGCCAGCACGAUGAACUGGGCGGUGGUCGGCACCGUGGGCACCAGCCUGAUCAGUACGGUGUACUAUGUCCUGUGGGCCCAGAAGGAGUAUACGGGGCCGGUGGUGGAAAUCGAUCGCUAUGGGUGA